AUGACCCGCAACCAUCCCCACGCCACCAAUACCGCCGUGUUCCCCAGCAUGGCUGCACUCCCCAUCGCGACUGCACACGACCUGCCCGUCGACGCUGCCUUCACCAAGGGCCUGCCCAAGAUUGAGGUACUGCUCCAGCCUCCUCGGUCCCUAGUCAUCGCGCCAAGGACGCUCAGACUUCCGUUCGCUGCUGCUAAUGACGCGACUCAGCUUCAUGCCCACUUAACCGGUAGCAUCAGUCGCGACUGCCUGCACGCCAUAUGGGAGACAAAGAAAGCACGGCAGCCUGACUUCGACCUCGAGGACCCUUUGGUCGCCAUACCCGCGGGCAAGGUCGACUACGAUAUCAAAACGUAG